AUGCCUAUGCAAUACUUUAGUAUUGACUACUUCGUGAAAGAAGUCAAUGACAAUGCAUGGAUUGUCCUCGGCGAGGCCAUGAUAUCCCGACACUCUUCCAAGCCAAUUCAACCUCACUGGGAAGACGACGAAGGGUUCUUCUUCACCAUGGAAAAGACUCCAAGCCCGAGGCCACCUACUCGGGCCAUUUCAGAUUCCUGUCCCAUCUCCGACGUCCUCCAGCAGUCUAUGUACAAUCUCGAGACUCUUUUGAAGAUUGGCAAGGCUCACCUUCACGUCACCCCUAACAUUGGGGCAAAAGAGCAUAACACCCUGAAAGCUGUGGCAGAGAAAUCUUAUAACUUUAUGGUGCCAACUGAAUACUGCCAUGGGGAAUAUGGCGAUUUUUACUAUAUUGCCUACAGUAUUCUGCCCGGCAAGUCGAUUGCUGAGAUCUGGCCAAAAACCAAAGAUAAAGCUUUGAGGGCUAAAUGGGCAUGCCAAAUUGCAGACGCGUAUUCCGAAAUGGCCAAGUGGCGUGGUGACGCUAUCUGUGGUGUGGAUGGUGGUCACCUGUGGGAGACUCGGAUAAGCAAAGAUCGCGCGGAUAACCCAAGAACAUUCACGCCCGAAGUCCUUCGAAAGAACUUCGACGAGGCCGGAAUUGACUGCUCUAACAUUGUCUUUUGCCACAAUCAUGUGACACCCCUUUGUUUUACGGUGGAUGAGGAUCGAGGACUGCUGGGAAUCACCCGAUGGUCUGCUGCUGGCUUCGUUCCCACAGAAUGGCCACAAACGGCGGCGCAAAGUAAUGGUUUUCUUGAGGCUUCUCCCUUGACCAAUGCCACAUGGACUCGAGAGGAUAAACAGGAUUGGAGAGAGCAGAUCUUGACGGCACUCUAUGAAAUCGACGUCUUCAGCCAGAAUUGGCCGGCAUAUGCCAAUUGGAAUGACACCCUACGUUGGCAGACUGACUAA